UUUUUGUGAAUUGUUUGCCGUCAAGCCGUCAACGAGAUCAGCAUCCCUAAUUUCACCCCAUAUAAAACAAUUAAUUUCGUUUUAUCUGUUAAUAUAACUAAGGAUAUGGGUAAAGAAGAUGUGUCCGCUAAAAAACGCCGAAAGAUAAACACUAGCACACCCACUGAACCUACAAAACUAGUGCCAAUCGACAUUUAUAAGCGUGUGGUAGAGUUUGAGGAAUCAGAAGCUCAACUACGUCCAGCUGAGAAAGAUGCCGUGUUCUUCAAGAAGAUCUGUCAAGAUAUCAGGCAGCUGUUUUCUGAAAUAGCUGAUUUAAAAGCUAAAGAUACAGAUGAAGCAAAAGAAAAAAUUAAUGCAAAAAGAGUAGAGGCCUCAUUGAAUUUGGUUGCCCUGAAAAAAUUGAACCGUUUAGAAAAGGUCCGUACAAGGGCUGGCCGUGAUGCACUUCACAAGGAGAAACAAAGAGUUGAUUCAACUCACUUGCUUUUACAAAACUUGUUAUAUGAAGCUGACCACCUCAACAAAGAAGUUACCAAGUGCCUACAAUUUAAAUCGAAAGAUGAAGAAAUAGAACUUGUUCCACUUGAAGUUUUUUAUACUGAUGCUCCUGCCGAAAUAUCACGGAAAGAACUGACUAAAACUGAUGAACAUCAACUUCAAUUGGCCAGACUAGAAUGGGAACUGCAACAACGACGUGAAUUGUCAUCAGCAUGCAAUGAACUGAUUUCAUCAAAAGAACGUGUGGCAGCUGCUAUAGCUGCAGCACGCUCCAGACUUGAUGCAUUAGUUCCACAUCUAAGAGAUGUUCUCAAGUCUACAAAACCAUUGCAAGAAUGUUUGGCUCUCAGACUUGAUGAUAAGAGGGAUGAAGCUAGAGCUGCUUCCCUGUUGCCAUCACCUUUAUUUCUUCUCUUUGCUAAUGCCAGUGCAUACUCUGAUGCUCUUGGUGCUAAGACUGUCACAGUUAGUAUAUCUGGAGAUGAGGAUGAGGCAAGAAGAUUGGAACAGUUGAAUAAUGUGGAUAGUGAUUUAGUGGCAUCCAAUGAUUCUGAUUCUGAUCAAGAAAAUAAUGAGGAUGAUCAAAUGGAGAAGAAGAAGCGCCAUCAUAGAACUGCCAAGAUAUCCAAACAGGAAAAGGCUGAAGCCAAGAAGAAGGAAGUUCUUAAAAAACAUCCAUUGAAUAUUCAAGUCUCUGUGAAAGUACAAGAUGGAACAGCACUGAAUUUGAUUUUCUCAUAUCUACUCCAUUUGAAAAUAGUAGUGGUCAAGUUUACUGUGUCGCCAUCGAAACCUAUAACAGGUGUCUCAGCAGCAGAUGUGUUGAAUGGUCAUUGCAUAUUGAAUGAGUUGUAUCCCGGCGACACUGGAACUGACUCCCCACAUCCUGCUACUUCCUAUUUAUUGAAUGCUGCAGGCAUCACUGAAGAUUUCCAGCAUUUCAUAUCUGAACUUGGAAAGCCUUAUAUAUGGGCGCAAAGAAUGUGUGGUUUAGACUUCAUGGCGACAAUCACAGAUGAUCAAAAGAGCAAUAAAAAUAUUCAACUUUGUCAGAGCCUUAGUGUUAGUACAGUUGAAAACUUUAUUCUAACAUUGAAGAAAAGGCUGAAGUCCAGGGUUGAACUAAUGAAAGAGUUGCAGGACUUGGAGUCAGGAAAAAUAUUACCCGUUAAAGGAGAUUCACCUUGCCCCGUAAGGCUAUCAGGUUCUCUGACGCAGUGGCAGUCAGUUGGGUGGCCCGAAUACAGCCAGUCACCUUCAACAUCAUUUUUGAUAUCCGAGGGAUUGGUAACUCCUAAUGACAUGUUAUACAGAGCAAUCAUAACGCGUCAAUCAGCUAAGUUGGUGGCACUGGUCGCUCUUCGUAGUGACUAUCCUAGAAAGGCUCCAAUGUUUUCUUUAACUCUCCAUUGGAAUGGAACGCAUCAUGCUGGUAUCAAUGACGAUAUCAGGGAUAUCGAGAGAGUUAUCAAUACGGACUGGGGAUCAGAAGAAAACAAACAAAGCAAACUGUCUUCACAGAUAACUAAGUUGCUGACUUGUUUGGACAUACUUCUGGAAACAACUGGUUCUUCUGAGUUUCCACCUGAUAAAGUUAUGUUUUGUCCAGUGAGAGGACGCAAUAGGGUGAAACCAUACAAAUUCCUCAAACAGGGUACUGGAGUUUUCGUACAGUAUUGAUUAUUUUUUCAAUAAUAAAGUUUGUCAUUUGAAACGCUC